GUUUUUGUUUACAAUUUGUGUUUCGCCAGCCAUUUUGAGUUGGCAUUGUUCGAAUGCAGUGGUAUCACUGUAAAGCUCCAACUUUGCAUAAGGUGUACACGAACUCAAUGUGCCUGGUUAAAGAGAGUGUGUAACGAUUACAAGUCCAAAAAGACGGAGUCGAGAGAACAACAUCAGCUGCUUAGCGGAUGACUAUAUGGACGGCGGGGGCAAAGCGUUUAAAAGAUAGAAUAGGGAGUGCAAAAUAUAGCAAAUAAUCUAUAAGCAAAUACUGGAGUAAGAUGCUCAAGGUGAACACCAUCAAGACAGGUCUAUGGUGGAUUUUGCUUAUCUGCGCCUUUGGUUCGCAGUUCACAGAUGCAACGAUAUCGAUAAUAGCAUCAUCAGAUACUUCAAACUUAUCGACAAAGUUCAAUAGCUAUAGGAAUGCCACUAAUUUAACUCUCCAAGAGCGAUGUAAACAAGGACUUCCCUUAUCUAUUGCCGUCUACCCAUACCCACCUUACGUCAGAGUAAAACCAGGAGCUGAACUGGACAAUGGUCUUCGUCGAUAUACGCUAACUGGCAUGAUUCCCGAGCUACUAAGCAGCCUCCUAAACUCCUGCUGUCAUCCCAAUACCAAAGUGGAAUUCGGUACCGUUCUCCCCUCUCUCCGGGCGGCUGAGAAUAUCCUAUUUGAUAAGUUCUUCGAUGUGGUGUUUCCUAUUUAUGGGUAUGACGUCAUCGAGUACGCUUUUCGUGGUCACGUGUUUGUGCGCUUGUUCCAGGCCCCUCGUGUUGUGUUGCUUGUACAGGACGCCCAUAGUGAUGCCGGCAAGACGGACGCGCUGAUAACGACCCUGGGGCGAGCUUGGCCUAUGCUUGUGUUCAUCCUUGUCAUUGCCACGCUUGCAAGCAUGAUUUUAUGGUUUUUGGAACACACAAGUAACUCUAAGGAGUUCCCGCCCUCUUUUUUUGAGGGAACUUGGGAAGGCUUCUGGUGGGCACUGGUCACCAUGACAACUGUAGGCUAUGGCGACCGGACACCUAAGUCCCGUUUCGGACGCGUUUUCGCCAUGUUGUGGAUCCUGACCGGGGUCACCACCAUAAGUAUCUUCACCGCACUCGUCACCAGUUCCCUCUGGGCCAGCACUACUCCUAACUUCCGCUUGCAUGGAUCUGUGAUUGGAGCUAUUAACGGAAGUGAGGAAUACAGACUUGCUGCUAACCUUAACGCAGAGGUCAAAGCGUUCUCCAAGGUGGAGCCUAUGCUGAACAACCUGUCAAAUCACGUGAUUGAUGGCGCAAUGAUUGACAACUACGUCAUCACGGAACACCUUGAGAUGCUAACAGCUGGGCACAUGCGCACAGAAGAGACCAUGUAUUACCCGAUCACAUACGGGAUGACUAUGUCCCGGGAUAGCGGGGAUUUUGAAAACUGUGUAAACUGGAUGUUGCACAAUUACCCAGGUACUCGGCACCAGGCUACCGCAAGGAACUUGAAGCCACUAAAGAACCCUGCAGAUAAAGUUAGUGCCCAAUUCCGCGCGGCCGAGGGUCUGUUUUUCAAGGAAAAGACGUUUGAGAUCGUGACAUACAGUGGGAUGGCUGUGGUUGGAGUCUUCAUAUUGACAGGGGUGGUAUGGGAAUACUUUUGGCGUCGGCCAAAGCUCACCAAGCAUCUUGCCCCUCCAGAGAUAGACGAGAAGCCCCGUUAUUCAAAAGAUGACAGCGAUGCACAAAUGCUGGACAGCGGUAUUCAGCGGAGGCAAGAGCUCAAGCGAAUGAUAUCAAAAUACCGCGCAUACCAAGAGGAAUGGAUACGAGGAGUGCAAGAAGUGUGCGACGAACGGGCCAUUAGGAACACGAGUGAACUAAUGAACCAAUAGGAAUUAAGCAUUGGAGCGUUUCGGGACAAAUCAAAAUUGAGCGUCAAAAAGGAACCAGUUCGAUUCAAUCAUCCGAAAGGGCCUUUAAAUAUAGCGUUUCUGGAACCAAUUGGGCUCGAGUAAUGGAAAGAAACCAAUAGGAAUAAAGUGUUAAAAUGAAACUGGUUCUGAGCUUUGGAAUUUCGAAUCCUUAAAUGAGGCAGAUGGAAAUGAAGCGAUAGUAAGGGAUCAAUUGCUUAGAAGCCCAUUCAUAAGUUUGAAUGCUUGAAAUAGUAAAUUUAAAAAUGCAACCAUUUGGUUCUGAGCAAAAAAAGGGACGAAGGAAAUUAAGGAUUGGGAAGGACCAUUAUUUUUAAAGGAAUUUUUUUUAUGCCUUUGCAGUAUCUCCACUGGACGUUUAUUGUCGGACUUUGGCUACAUACCAGAGGGACCUAGCACUCCCUGCACCCCCACCCCCCUGGGUACGGGCCUGUAUAGGGAUCCCGCAUCAUGAUGAGAACAAUCAGGAAUCAAGCAUAUGGAUAAACUGCCCAAUAGGUUUAUUGAGCAUAAUUGGAAAUGGACCAACUGAUUUUAGAGAUGAUUUUUUAGAUGUUUCUCUUGAAGCUCGAAAACAGCGGAAUGCAUGAAGAAUAGCAUAGCAUCUGCAUGAUAAAUACCAACAUCGCACUAUUGCACAAGUACGAGAUGAACAGCGUUUAGCGUUAAUAAAACAUGCUAAUGGUA